AGUGGACACACUAGUAAUUUCAGUCAAACUUUAUUAUAUAUUUCUGGUUUGGUCCUCCCUCAUCGUAAACCCUAGAGUCGCCCCCUCCAUUUCUAACACACAGGGUUUCAUAUUGAUCAGUAAGAAAAGUUUCAGCUUGCAAUGGCUCCUAAAGCUGAUGGCUCGAAAAAAGCUGAUCCAAAGGCACAAGCCUUGAAGGCUGCAAAAGCAGUGAAGUCAGGUCCGACUAUUAAGAAGAAAGCUAAGAAGAUCCGAACUUCAGUUACCUUCCAUCGGCCGAGGACAUUUAAGAAGGAAAGGAAUCCCAAGUAUCCUCGUGUUAGUGCUCCAUCAAGGAACAAGCUUGAUCAUUAUGAGAUUCUCAAGUAUCCUCUUACCACUGAGUCUGCAAUGAAAAAGAUUGAGGAUAACAACACUUUGGUUUUCAUUGUUGACAUUCGUGCUGACAAGAAGAAGAUCAAGGAUGCAGUAAAGAAGAUGUAUGACAUUCAGACUAAGAAAGUGAAUACAUUGAUCAGGCCUGAUGGUACCAAGAAGGCUUACGUUAGAUUGACCCCAGACUAUGAUGCUCUUGACGUUGCUAACAAAAUUGGAAUCAUCUAAGGUAGUUUUGUAGCUUUUCUCAUUAAGAAUUUCAAUUUUGUUUCCAUUUGCAAAUGAAGUGCAAUUUUACCAGACUUUGGUUCAAUUUGAAGUCGUAAUCUUUUUCUCUAAGUGGUUAUUGUUUCGGUUUGCUGUUACAAUUGACAUUGGAAUACAAAAUUAGGUUUGCGUAA